AUGGGUGUGGACGGGGCUGGAACGGGAUCCAGUUACGUUGAACAGGAAGGCACUGCUGUUACAUGCAAAAUUGAUGCACUGUUGACAUCUGUUUCCGAUGCGCCGAUUAUUGUUCCUUUCAUCCAUGCAUCCUCAAAUGUCCCGAAAGUAAGCCAUAAAUGA